GUCUGUCUUCAGAGCAGGGAAAUGAAAGUGUUCAGAGUCUGGGCCAGAUAACGCCUGGGAUUGUUUGUUACCGUUUUAAUCCCAUUAAUUAAAACGUUAACCUGAUUGGGUAGAAAGCUCUGUCCCAACAGGCGAGUCUUCCUCAUAAUAACCUACUCAGAGAUAAUGAUGUAAAAGACUCCCCCGUCUGUGACUGCCGCUGCUUGAUGGCUCCGGAAAUCUCUUGAAGGUGAAUCCAAGCAAGAUAAACGGUGCAAGAGCUUGUUUCAUCUCAGAAUGCCUGAACAUAUUACACCAGGCUGGAGCUGAGACGCCCAGGACUAGGGGGACAGAUCAUUUCAACAAAACAAACAACUUCAAGUGAAGAAGGACAGCAGCAGCCCAUGAAGAGCGAGAAUUAGUUAGCUGUGAAUUGUUUCAUUGUGAUCAUUGUCAUAAAAGAGGACUUUGGAGCGCAGUGACGAGCGGAGGUUUGGAAGAGUGCGGGGCAUGGAGAGGGCGCUGAACCUGGCAGAAGAGGACUUGUUCCACAAGAGCCUGAGCGUCUCUGCAAAGAGGAUGGAAUCUGCCUUCCGAUCCCCUCAGGGUCUGGACUUGUCCCAUCAAGGAGAGAGAUCCCCGUUGCACCUCUAUGAAGGUCCGGACCACUCAGACCUGCUGCGGCAUCACCAAACCCCCUCUGGGGCACUAGGCGCAGGUGGUGGAGUCGUAGGGGGAACGAAUGACUCGCUGGCUCUGGCUGCCGCCAGCAUGUGUGCCAAGUACGGAGAGAGCACCGGCAGGGUGUCGGUAGCAGAGAGCAGCGGGGGAGAGGACCAAAGCCCCGAUGAUGACAGCGAUGGACGGUGUGAUCUCGUACUGAGGACGGGGGACCAUAGGGCCUCCCAGGCGGGGAUGAAGUCAGACGCGCCCUGUGGUCCAGGGACAACCAAGAAGUCCAAGGAGCAGAGAGCCCUGAGGUUGAACAUCAACGCCCGGGAGAGGAGGCGCAUGCACGAUCUCAACGAUGCCCUAGACGAGCUCCGGGCUGUCAUCCCCUACGCACACAGCCCUUCGGUCAGAAAACUGUCCAAGAUCGCUACUCUCCUGCUGGCCAAAAACUACAUCCUCAUGCAAGCCCAGGCGCUGGAGGAGAUGAGGCGACUGGUGGCUUAUCUGAACCAGGGUCAGGCCAUCUCAGCUGCCUCUAUACCAAACUCUGCUGCUGCUGCCGCAGCGGCUGCUGUUGCUUUGCACCCGGCACUAGGAGCCUACGAGCAGGCGGCGGCCACAGCGGGCUACCCGUUCAGCACCGGGCUACCGACGGCUAGCGCUUGUCCGGACAAAUGUGCCAUUUUCAACAGCGUGUCCUCCAGCCUGUGCAAGCAGUGUACGGAGAAGCCUUAACCACAACAAAAAAACCCUUCUAAGAAGAGGAAUUAGUGAGACUUCGGAAUUCUCCAAACCUGGUACACUUUACCUGCUGUCUUGGACUUAACACAGUAAGACUAGGCGACCACUCCAAGGGGACAGGUACACGAGGUGGUCCCAGAACCAUCUCUCUCUUCAGCUGUCCCUGGGUUCCAUUGAUGAAUUUCCCCACUUUUUCUUUUUUGUUGGUUAUUAUUUUUUUUGGCUGUCUUUUAUGUUGCACAUUUUUUUUUUGACAUGCCACCAACAAGCCCCCAAACAUUUGGAUCCCAAAUCCUUGUAAAUUGAGACAAAUGACUCCAUCGUACAGGAUUUGAUUUAAUUAUUUAUGUUACAAAACGCUGCUCUUCCUUAAGUGAGCGCUAAGAAUAUUAGGAAAUCAUAAUAAUUUAAAAUGGACUGAUUUUCUCAUAAAUCAGAUUAUAGCACUUGAAAAUGGUAACGGUUCUGAGCCAGGAAAACACUUGAAAUAUAGACUUAUUUAAUUUAAAAAAAGACAAUACAUUGCCAGAAUAUAAAUCAUUUGUAUUUUUUAUUGUGUCUGAACUUUGUAUGACGGUGCUCAAAGUUUUGAUGAGAGUGCAAAUGACUUUGGGGGAAAAAACAGAACUUCAGAUUUUUUUUUUCCUUUUUUACAAAAUAAUAUAUGUGUUCCUUAUAAUUUUCCAUACUGAAUGUUGUGUGCGAAUAAUUGGUAAUAUAUGUAUUAUUCUCCAAUAAUUGUUCCAUUUCAAGACUAUUUAUCUUGUGUUAUAGGUGAAAGGGUGUAAGAUGCAUUUUUACUAUUCUUUUAAGAUUUUUCUGCUGAUUUCAUUGAUAUACUUUGUGCCAAGUGUUUUAAAUGCUUAGCAGAAAAAAAUCUUAUGUGGGAUUGUUAAUGUUUUAGAGCUCCAUGGCUCAUGUGAAAGGUCAUUUUGAAUUGAGGUUGCUCCAUCACUGUAUUUAAAAUGAGCUUUAAUAAAUCGCUCCAAUCCAAAACAAA